GAUUGAGCGCGAAUUUGCUGGUCGUGGCGAUCAGCAGAUGCAGGUCCUCGGCUCCCUCGUGGAGAUUUGGAUGCUCCUCAAGCAGCAAACGAUUUGGCCAGCCAUGGGCCUCUUCGAUCAUCACCCAGAACAAGAUGUGGCAGUGGAACCUCCUGUGGUUGAUACAACUGAUCAACAAAUAAGGAUCCUUGACAUGACGACCACGACGAGCGCUAAUCCUCGCGCCACUCCUCCACCUGAAG